AUGGGUACACCGGAGACCCCGACAUCCGGUAGUGUGGAGAUGGAGGCCCCCACCGGGGGUCGCCGAACCGGCGGUGGUGGGGGGCGAGGUGGCGGCGGUGGGAGUGGGAGGCGAGGCGGCGGCUGUGGGAGUGGGAGGCGAGGCGGCGGCGGUGGGAGGCGAGGCGGCAGCGGCGGUGGAAGGCGAGGCGGUGGGGGGCGAGGCGGCAGAGAGCAUGUGCCCACCGGCGGCGGGCGAGGUGGAGACAGAGAGCCGGCCACCGGCGGUGGCCGAGGCGGUGGUGAUCGGCGUGGCGAGAAGUACAACGACGACGAAUCCCUCGCUGUUGCGCGAGCUUGGGAGGCGGUCACGACGAAUCCGGUCAUCGGCACGGAUCAGACCGACAUUUGCUUCUGGAGGCGCGUCCUGACGGUGUACAAUGGCUUCAAACCAGAAGGCAGUGCCGGACGUGAUGAAGGCCAGAAGGCAUUUGCUUUUAGAGAGCCACAUUUGGUGGCCCUUUGA